CAUACGACUGUCAAAAAUAAAAUUUACCAGUCCUCUCCGUGGAUUUUAGCAACCAGAGUUGAACAAAGUUGUUUUGCUGAUUAUUCCAAUCCGGCAAAAUGCAGGCUGCUCGUCCAAUCUCCAGCUUGGCCAUCCGCAACGCGGCCUUCCUGUCCCGAGGAUACCAUGGACCGAGCAACUUCCGUGUCUACACCAUGAAUGAUAUGCCCGUUCCGGAGGGGGACUUCUUCGAAGAGCAUCGACGCAAGAACCGUGUGUAUAACGCCGUACUGGCUGCCGGUGUUGUCAUUUUCGGCAUUACAUUCACUGUGGCGAAGGAGAGUGGACUUAUCUAUUUCAACUACAACCCCCCGAAGAGUCUGGAUUAAGGGAAGUCCGUUUAGAAAAGAGCAGCCGAUUGUUUGAUUAGACGUCAUGGAAAAAUAAAACAAAUCACAUGGUUUAA